CCGUCUGUGGGGGGGCUUAUACGCAUGUAGUAAUCGGUCGUUCGGCCGUGUAUACCAGGAAUAAAAAUAUUUUUUAUUUCUCUUAACUGUUACUUAAGUCCGGCCUCCCGGCUAAUAACCUCCUUGUGCAACCUAUUUCUAGCUUUCUGGCCACUGAUAUUUUGAUUGAUAUUUGUGUCAAUACUGUCAAUGUCGAUAUAUGAAAAUUCAUGCGAAAAUUGGUUAAAAAAACCGUGUAAAAAGGGCUUAUUCAAAUUAGAUGAUAUUCGAUAACAAUAACACUAGCGCCACCUUUCGAAUAGUGUCUUCUUCAAAUAGUGAAAGGUUUGCUUUUACUUUGUACAAAAGUUCCAGACAUGAAAUAAAGAUGUCGCCGCUAUAGCCAGUCGGAUUUGGUAAUGGCAACAUUGAAUGAACGAAUAAAGAAAAUCAUUUCUUUGUUUCAUUCAGUCAUUCAGCUGAUUCCGGUCAAUCAUCAGUCAGGCAGAAUCAGACUCGGUCAACAUCAUUAUUGUGAUAUUCGUGAUAUCAUAAUCGUAUUGUAAUUGUAUGUAUGACGUUUCUAUUUCGGUCCGCUAUUUGCUGAUGGGAUAUUAGCAUUCAGUUUUUGGUUUUUAACAUUUUGCCGAAAUGUGAGCAAUAAGAUCUAUAGAAUAUUCCUUUCAGAUAUGUUAAGGCAAUCUUUAAAAUUUAGAAAGACAAUAACCGUAAUAUGUAUUUUGUCUUUACUGUUUUUACUAUUUCUAAUUCUUACGAAAGAUAAAUAUGAAGAAGGGACUCAUAAAGAUAACCAAAGACUAAUUGUCAAUUCACCAGAAAUAACCUAUAAUCAGAUAAAAAAAAUACCAGUUAGGUUUGAGAAUACAAACAUGGAUAAUCCUAAACCAAUACAAUCUAAUGAGGCAGAAGAUAGUACGAAGCGUCAACUACAGGAAGCACAGGCUAGAAUAGAACAAUUAGAGAAGAAAAUUGCUAUAUUAGAGGGAAGGGUACCACAGAAAUAUCCUGAAGUGAAAUACUUGGGUUACAAAGAAAGAAGGCGCAUUUUGGUUACAGGUGGAGCUGGUUUUGUAGGCUCCCACCUAGUAGAUGUCCUUAUGAUGCGAGGACAUGAAGUAAUAGUUGUUGACAAUUUUUUCACUGGCCGCAAACGCAAUGUUGAGCAUUGGUUUGGCCAUCGUAACUUUGAAAUGAUUCACCAUGACAUUAUCAACCCAUUAUAUGUUGAGGCUGAUGAAAUAUACCACUUAGCUAGUCCUGCGAGUCCACCUCACUAUAUGCAAAAUCCUGUCAAGACAAUUAAAACUAAUACAUUAGGGACUAUUAAUAUGUUAGGGCUAGCACGCAGAGUAGGAGCAAAGAUUUUAAUAGCCAGUACUUCUGAAGUGUAUGGUGACCCAAUGGUUCAUCCUCAACCAGAGUCAUAUUGGGGCCAUGUCAAUCCAAUAGGGCCAAGAGCGUGCUAUGAUGAAGGCAAAAGAGUUGCAGAAACAUUAGCUUACUCAUAUGCAAAACAAGAAAAUGUAUCUGUCAGAGUUGCCAGAAUAUUUAAUACCUAUGGACCAAGAAUGCACGUGUCGGAUGGGCGCGUAGUGUCUAAUUUUGUUAUGCAAGCAUUACAAAACUUAACCAUCACAGUAUAUGGUAAUGGAAAGCAAACAAGAUCAUUCUGUUAUGUCUCAGAUCUUGUAAAUGGUCUACUGUCACUAAUGGCAUCGAGUUAUACUCUGCCUGUUAAUAUAGGAAAUCCUGUGGAGCACACAAUAGAAGAAUUCGCGAUGAUCAUAAAGAACAUAGUCCCCGGGUGCCGUAGCACGGUGGCGACGGGCGCGGCUGUGGAGGACGACCCGCAGCGGCGGCGACCUGACAUCACCGUGGCUGAGAUGCAGCUUAACUGGUCUCCUAAGGUUUCCUUGGAGGAAGGAUUGCAGAGAACAAUUGACUAUUUUAGAGAAGAAUUGUCGAGAACAACUUUUUAUAACAAUCAAACAUAUAUGGACACUAAAAUUAAAGGUUCUCAUUAAGACAUAAAGUAACAUACGUUAAGUAUGUAUAUGGAAUGGAUUUAGUUAUGGAUUUUUGUAAAUGUGAUAUUUAAGUAUUGACUGUACAAUGUUUCACAUGUUGUGUUUUUUAUUAUUCAAUAAAAUACAAUAUCAUAUGGUU